AUGCACAACGAGGUGGACGUUGUAGAUGCUCGCUCCAGUCCUGUGAAAUUCUUGGGGCAGAACUACCAUGAGCUACACCGGGACUUUAUCCAGCACAGAGCCAGAUUUCUGGACAAUACAUUCCUUCCUAUGGAGAGCUCCAUCGGCCCGGGGAUUCUGUCUGCCGAGGAGAUGGCCAGAGUAGUGUGGAUGAGACCAACGAAAAUGGUAAAUAAUCCGUAUCUAGUUCUAGAUGGAGAAUCGAGGUUUGAUUACACCCAGGGAGAACUUGGAGACUGUUGGUUUUUGGCUGCGAUUGGUGCCAUUACAUUUCAGAAAGGGAUCAUGGAUCAGGUUAUUCCUGCAGAUCAAUCGUUCACAAAGGAUUAUGCAGGAAUAUUUCACUUUAGGUUCUGGAGAUUUGGGAAGUGGAUUGAUGUUGUCAUAGAUGACAAACUGCCGACAAUCAAUGGAGAACUUAUUUUUGUGAAGUGCAAAACACAGAAUGAGUUCUGGCCUGCAUUGCUGGAGAAGGCAUAUGCCAAAGUGUGUGGCUCCUACGCAGAUAUGAGAGGCGGCUACGUGUCUGAGGCGCUGACCGAUUUCACCGGUGGCGCGCACAUUACACUGAGACUGCAAGAGGAUCACCCUGAUCUCUGGAGCAUGAUACAUCGAGCAGCCCAGUACAGUUCUGUCAUGGGCUGUGGCACUCCACAAGGGGCCACUCCUGCCAACAAAGAGCUGUCCAACGGCAUAGUGGAGGGCCACGCCUACACUGUGACAGGAGUCACCAAGGUGAUGAGUCAAAAUGAAUCAGUUAAAUUGGUGAGGCUACUUAACCCCUGGGGACACACAGAAUGGAACGGAGACUGGAGUGACAUGUCUCCACUGUGGAACACAGUCGAUGCAGCGACUUACACCAAGUUGUUCCACAGUAAAAAUGAUGGAGAAUUCUGGAUGGCGAUGGAGGAUUUCUGCGCAAGCUUUGCUACCUUGGACAUCUGCUGUUUCACUGCUGCAUUCCUCGAUGGCUCGUCCCCGAGCACCUGGACCUCAGCACUGUACGAAGGCUGUUGGGAUGCAAACACGGCCGGUGGUUCCAUGAGUUAUGCAGAGAGCUUCUGGAGGAACCCUCAGUACCGAAUAAAGAUUCCAGCGAUGAGUCCAGACCAGCAGGAGCCACAGGGACUGAAUCUGCUGGUGUCUCUCAUGCAGAAACCAGUCAGCAAGCACAGGGACUCACAGCCACAACUUCAUAUUGGAUUCACUGUCUUUCCUGUGCCACCAGCGAUGAAAGAUCAGAAGUUGUUUCCAGCCUCCUUCUUUACCUCUAGCAACCCUGUGAAGCAGGCUCAGGUAUGCACCAACUCACGGGAGGUGAUGGAGUCCUACAUGCUGGGCCCAGGAACGUACCUCAUUGUGCCAUACACCUGCAACCCCAACGAAACCACCUCCUUUGUCCUGGCUGUUCACGCAAAGUAA